AGGAAUGUUGAGCUUGUAUUUGACAGGUCAGCAACUGACUUUUAAAAAACAAAAAAUCCAAACCCUAUAAUUCCAACACUAACCUUACUUCAUUCUUCCUCGUUCAGUUUCUGCAUUCUGUCUCCGCCAAAUCUAUUCCUUAUUGUUAAGUUCCUCACACACGACAACACCCUCGUCAUCGUCGAAUCCAAGGUUAAGGCUAAAUCGCGAUUCUCCCUUUUCGGACCGCCAAACAUGGACAGGAUCGUUGGGGGCAAGUUUAAGCUUGGUCGGAAAAUCGGAAGCGGUUCAUUCGGUGAAAUUUAUAUUGCUUCAAAUAUCGACACAUCUGAAAUUGUGGCCGUCAAGAUGGAAAGCAAGAAGACCAAACAUCCGCAACUGUUGUACGAGGCUAAGUUAUACAGUAUGUUUCAAGGAGCAAGUGGUAUUCCAAAUAUGAAGUGGUGCGGUACUGAUGCAGACAAUAAUGUUCUAGUUAUUGAUCUUCUGGGACGGAGUCUCGAAGACCUUUUUGUCUAUUGUGGGAGGAAGUUUUCACUGAAAACAGUUUUGAUGUUGGCCGAUCAAAUGCUUACGAGAAUUGAGUACUUGCAUUCCAAGGGAUUUCUGCAUAGAGAUAUCAAACCAGAUAAUUUCCUCAUGGGUCUCGGGAGGAAAUCAAGUCAGGUUUAUAUGAUUGAUUUUGGACUAGCGAAAAGAUAUAGGGACCCUAACACAAACAAGCAUAUUCCUUAUAGAGACAAUAAAAACUUAACAGGGACUGCACGUUAUGCAAGUUGCAAUACUCACAUGGGAAUUGAACAAAGCCGUCGCGAUGAUUUGGAGUCUCUUGGCUAUGUUCUUAUGUACUUUUUAAGAGGAAGCCUGCCUUGGCAGGGUCUAAAAGCUGUUGACAAAAAGGAAAAAUAUGACAAUAUUUGUCAGAAGAAAUUAUCUACUCCCAUUGAGAUACUUUGCCAGUCAUAUCCUGUGGAGUUCGCUUCUUACUUUCAUUAUUGCCAAUCUUUGACAUUCGAUCAACACCCAGAUUAUGGAUUCUUGAAGCGUAUGUUUCAUGAUUUGUUUACUCGUGAAGGAUUUGAUUCUGAUUAUUUAUUUGACUGGACCAUCCUAAAACAUCAGCAGAUUCAACAGACACCCAGACUAAAUCAAUCAUCUCCCUCAGCCGCUGUACCUAGCAGUCUAGAACCAGUAGUUAUGGAAAAGCAUAAAGGACGCAAUGAUUCAGCUCAAAUUACUGUAACUAAACUGUCAGCCAAUCCUGGACGACCAAGUGCACGUGUGCACUCUCAGCCAUCUAAUGUUCAGAAUAUGAAUGCCAAGAAUCAGACUGAGAAACAUUGUGUGAACAAUAGUCCAUCUGCAUCAGCUGUGCCCAGAUCCUCUACAGAAAAUGUCUCAAAACUGGACAGGCCGACAGGAACCUCUAACCUGGGUCGUGUAUUUGGGAGCAAUUCACGUGUUUCAAGCAGCUGGAUUCCUUCACUACGCCGAAUUUCUUCAGCCAAGUAGUAGGCAUACAGGAUUUUGAAGGUCACUUGGAGCUUGUUUUCAUUGUUGCAAAUGUGAUGUCACUCACUUUACUGGAGAGGAACAAUAGACUUUUUUUGAGAAGCAAGAUACCAUGACAUGACAAGCUUCCUGCACAUAACAUCAUCAUGCUUUAAUGGAUAUAUCAUGUUAAGUGGAGAGUAUGCCCCCAUUAUAAGAGUUAGUAAAAGGGAGAGUAUCAAGGUUGAACUAUUUUGAAGAAUGUGGUAUGCUGGUGGAUGCGCACACGAGGCUCAGUGUCAAUGUAAGAGGGGGGUUUGGCGGCGUUAAUUUUUUCUAAUUAUGAUGAGUCAAACAUGUAUGGGUGAGGGGAAGCCACAAUCCUUCUCUUUGUCCCAGUCUUCAACUAUUCUCACCUUUUAUUUUUCUUCCAUUCAGUACACAAAUUUGAUAGGUGUUUCCUUUUGUACAGUUAGCUUUUUCAGCAUAUGAAUAUAAUCACAUUGUAUCUCAUCCCCUACAAAGCAACAAGUGUUUCAUAAGUCAAUUCAAUUCAUUG